AUGUUUUCCUUGACAAUCAUAGUACCAUUUUCAAUCAAUGCUGAACGGCACCUACUCCAAAAUUCAACCAAUACGUCGUCAGGCAAUUGUCCAACACACCAUUGGCACCAGAUUAACCAAUACGAUUGUUCAGGUUGCCAAUCUUGCAUACCAAUAUCAUAUAUCUUCCCCAAUUUACCUCUUUUUUUCACCUCAGUUAACUCAUUAUGCAUCUGUGCCACAAAAGGUUUGACAGGUUCCAACAAAUCAACUGAGUCACUGACUUUCCAAAGUAAAUCACGUGUAAUUCUCCCAAUGCCAGCCCCCAUAUCAAUAGUCGUCUUAGGUACACCUUCAGGGCAUGUCAUUCUGGUAGCUAGUUUACGCAAAAAUGUAGAAGACCCAACAAUGUCUGCUUUGGGCACUGAAGUUUGUUCACCAUAUCCUCCAAGCACUCCAUCGACAGAUGCAGGAGUAUUGGACCAAUAUUGA